CCGCGAUUACCUUGUAAAUAAAUUCUUCGAAUCCUUUGGGCCUUGGAAAAUGUCUCCAGUAUUAAAUCCGUUCGAGACUGCAGUGAAAAGCCUAAAGAGAGCAGUUGACCAUGAACCUCUCGAGACAGCAAGUGCUCGGCUACGAGAGCAAUAUAUCAUCGAGAUCGACGAAAUCCUCCGACCUUCACUUGACUGCUUCUUCACCGACAUCCGUGUCGCAUUCAGCGAACUUGCAGCUGGUGUAUCGGAGGGACUGAACGCAGAAAUACCUCGCGUGAGGGAGGCAUAUCAGAAUCUACCCUGGUGGGACUCUGUGCCCAUCCUAGACAUUUUCACAGAGAGCAUACUGGGCAUCAAACCUCGUCGUCGAGCGAUGUCUCUGUAUCACGAGUUUCUAUCCAAGGACGAGCAGAUCGGAAAAAAAGAACGAAAGAGAGGGAAAAUACGCACGAAGACUGAACCCAAUGCUGCCUCCGAGGUUCCGAUAGAGGGUGGACGUCACGUAGUUUUCCACCGACAAGACUUUUUGGAACUAGAUUAA